AUGCCUCCUCGUUUUCGCAUUUGUCCCAUUUGUCAACAGGGCUUUGGCACGGCCUCUCUCCCCAUCCACAUUCCACAGUGCUACGAAAAGGCAUUGAAGCGCUGGCGUCUCAAUCCUGUUGGACCGAUGCCGGUCAUGCCCUCUUUGGAACCGGCAUCCAGCAGGGGCCGGGGAACGAGCACUGGGAGUUCGGCGUGUGACAACGGCGUGACUGACGCAAGGCCAUUGCGGAGGCAGGAAGGGUUUACGGGUGUCCCGGAAUAUUCUGAAGGGAAUAUGAAUUUACACCCGUGCUCACGUUGCGGCCGAAGGUUUUUAUUUGAUCGUAUUGCCUACCAUGAGAGUGUAUGCAAGGGCAAUGUAAAACGUAAGGUUUUUGACAGUAGCAAGCAACGCACUGUUGCUGACGAUGAUGGCGGCGUUGGUGGUGGAUUUGGAUAUUCGCAUGGGAAGAGAGGCAAGCGUUUAAAAUCUUCGACCGGCGGAUUUCCGGCGUCUGGUGGUAUACCGAAGACACGGUGGCGUGAGCAGCAUCGUGAAUUUAUGGAGGCCAUACGUGCAGCACGAGGUGCAGCGGGCGCUAGCCGGGCAAUGUGGGGGGGAAACGUUGCGACUUCGCAACGUGUCCCGGUAGAGAGCCGACAACGUGCACCACCUGCUGUCAUGAGGCAUCAAAAAGGGAUGCAGAUGCGUCAGCAGCGGACAAUGCAACCGAUCGAGGUUCCCAAUUUUAGGCAACCACUGGCUGGCCGAAGAGCGCCGCCUAGAAGAAGUCAUGGAAGUGCCUUUGGCGGCGGCGGGGAGCGUUUCGCUGGGGGCGGCGGCCUGGGUGGUGGUGGUGGUAAAAUAAUCAACGAUAAUACAACGAGUCUGGGAAUGCUUCAGGCUUUUGGUCGAGCCUAG